UAUUGACCUACAUUACCAAUCUGUUUCACAGCGUAGUGUUCAGUGUGCUAGACAUCACACGAGAGCUGGAAACUGUACCAAUUUAACGCAGGAACCAACAUGGAUGUCGUAGAGAGAUUUAAAGUAAAUCGUGAUAAGGGGCUAGCCAGUGGCUGUAUUUCCUUAAUGGAGGGCAUUCCUGGUGUCGAUACUUUAAAACCUUGUCAAGAGAUUCUAAAAAAAGCUACAACACACUUGUUAGAGUCUGAGCUAAAUACAUCACGAACAUUUGCCUAUGGACCCGAACAGGGUGACGAAGAAGUAAGACGCGUACUAGCCAGCUUCUUAACGGAACAAUAUGGCCACGAGGACCCCGUCGAUGCGGAUAAAAUAAUCUUAACAGCAGGAGCUACACAGGGAGCGCAUCUUAUGGCGACACUACUAUUUGGUCAUGGAACCACAUGUUUUAUAGAAGAUCCUACCUAUUUUAUCAUGCAUAAAAUGUUAUCACAGGAUCUGAAGAUGAAUUUAAUACCAGUAAAACUAGAUAGUGAGGGUAUGGACGUAGAAGAAUUAGAUAGAUUAUUAACUCAACAUAAACCCGCUGUUAUACCGGAAGAUCAACUCUUCUGGUCAUUUAUAUAUACCAUACCUGUAUAUCACAACCCUACUGGUAUAUCAUAUUCACCAGAAAGAUGUCGUGCUUUAGUAGAGUGUGCUAGAAAACAUAAAGUGUUGAUCAUAGCUGAAGAUGUUUAUAAUUUACUAUGCUAUAAUACACCACAUCCACCUAAAAGAUUGAUAGCUUAUGAUAACCCGUCAGAUCAUAAUUAUUGUGGUAGUGUAGUCUCGAAUGGUACAUUUUCUAAAAUAUUAGCGCCCUGUUUUAGACUCGGGUGGAUAGAAGGUCCUGAUGUUAUAGUGCAAAGACUGGUUAAAAGUUUUGUAGCAUACAGCGGAGGAAGUUUUAAUCAUUUCGGUUCAUUAAUAGCUAGUUCAAUAUUGAAACUUAACCUACUUCAACCUCACAUAGAAUCUCUCAAGAAGAUAUACGGGAGGAGAAUGAAGAUAGUUUGUGACACGUUGAAGAAAAUCCCAAACAUUAAAUUGUCCCCUUCUGAAGGCGGAUUCUUUAUUUGGAUUGAAUUACCAAGUGAAAUUGAUAGUUCUGAUUUAAUGGAAGACGCAGUUAACAAUUACGGUGUCUAUUUCAUACCAGGUGCAUGCACUUCUCCUACCCGGUCGUUCAGUAAUUAUGUACGUCUGUCCAUUAGUGCCGAACCAGAAGAAAAGAUUGUUAAAGGCAUUAACGCCUUUGUUAAACUUUUACAGGAAACUCUAUCUAAGUAAAAGCGUAAUGAACGAGGGUUGCUAUAUAUAAUUUUGAUAUAAUAGAUGUCUUUAUAAUAAUAUAAUCCUUGAGCAGCAUUUAUCGAGUGACUUAUAAUAUUGGAAUAUGUUUUUAAAGAUACCUCCCAAGCGUACAAACUGUGCGAUUUGAUGAUAUAUUUGGACUAAAAACAUAUUCAAACUAAUCAAUGUAUCAGAAAUUUGCUUCAAUUCCCUCUGAAAACUUUGUAUUCACCGAAGAUACCUAUAGCUAUAAACGUCUAUCACCCUAGCUUCAUUGUGGGAGGGUCCAUUUUUCAAAAUGUAUAUAUCAUUACUUACUGUACAUUUACCAUACAUAUUGAGGCCUAAGUAAAUUCUUAAUUAUU